AUGAACCCACAAUGUUCUAAAUGUAAAGCAGCAAUGAGGAAAUAUAACUACUCCGUCAAAGAGAUAGAACGUAUGCGAAACGACUAUGCAGAUUUAAAGAAAGAAGCAGAGAAACCAGCAGAAGAUAAAAUGGACAUGUUGACAUUUCUGAACAAAAACUAUCCAACUGCUGACGAUUUCCUUCUAUCUGACGUCAAGAAGAAGUAUAAAGAAACUUUCGGUAUCGUUAAAACAUUCGAUGUACUAAAAGAAGAAAUUGAAGCCACGAAAUUGUUUAGAGUCAUGAACCAUCGCAACAUAUACCAUGUAAAACGCUUGUAA